AAGAGAGAAUUGGGAAAGAAAAUGAAAAUAGUUAGGAAAAUGGCAAUGGCAAAUCACACAUUUUUGACCAAACUGGGCACCAGCGACCUCCAUUCUCACCAAUCUUUCGUGCCCAUAUAACAUAACAUAAUAAACCGGAGGAAGAAGCGGAACCGGGAAAUUCGCCCGGGAUCAACCCAGAAAGAGAUGGACAGGGACGCCGCCGCCGUUGACUCCAAUUCUGAUCUGAUUUUGCAUCUCGCCAUUGAUAUUGGAGGUUCUCUCAUUAAGUUGGUGUGCUUCUCAAAUAACAGUAGCUUCUCUUUAGAUGAUGAUGGAAUGAGGUUAACAAAGGAAAAGAAAGUCUCAAAUGGCGAUGUGAAUUACCAUUUUCUACAGGGCAGUCUCCAGUUUGUGAAGUUUGAAACCAUCAAGAUCGAUGACUGUAUAAAAUUCCUCGCAUCAAAGAAAAUUCAUAUCAGUGGUGGUAGAUGUUUGGAGGCUCAUACCCCACACCAGAACGUCACGAUUAAGGCCACAGGUGGCGGUGCAUUCAAGUUUGCUAAUUUAUUCAAAGAAAAACUUGGAAUCACUCUCGACAAGGUUGAUGAGAUGGAUUGCCUUGUUGCUGGAGCAAAUUUUCUGCUUAAGGCAGUCCAGCAUGAAGCUUUUACACACAUCAACGGUCAGAAAGAGUAUGUGCAGAUAGAUCAAAAAGAUUUAUACCCUUAUUUGCUCGUAAAUAUUGGAUCUGGUGUUAGCAUGAUAAAGGUGGAACGGGACAACAAGUUUGAGCGAGUUAGUGGGACAAGUGUUGGAGGUGGCACCUUUUGGGGCUUGGGGAAGCUUUUGACCAAGUGCAAGAGUUUUGAUGAGUUACUUGAAUUGAGUCACAAAGGAAAUAACAAGGUCGUAGACAUGCUUGUUGGAGACAUUUAUGGAACGGAUUAUUCAAAGAUUGGACUGGCAUCAACUGCCAUUGCUUCUAGCUUUGGGAAGGCAAUCUCACAAAACAAAGAGCUGAAUGAUUACAGACCUGAAGAUAUUUCCCGAUCAUUGUUACGGAUGAUCUCCAAUAAUAUUGCACAGAUUGCUUACUUGAACGCAUUACGUUUUGGACUCAAGCGGAUAUUUUUCGGAGGGUUUUUUAUUCGGGGACAUACUUACACAAUGGACACAAUUUCCGAGGGCGUUGAGUUUUGGUCAAAGGGUGAGGCGAAGGCCUUGUUUUUGAGGCACGAAGGAUUUCUCGGUGCGUUAGGGGCUCUAAUGAACAGGGAUGAUCUCACCACCGACUUGCUAUCCCAUCGGUUUACACAACAAGGCACCGAAGAAUUGUUUCGCACCUCAACACCUUUCAGUGUUCCAUGAGGAAUGAAUACAAAUGCAGGCUGCAGGUAGACUAGUGUGAAUCAUACAAAUAAAAACCAGUCUUGGAUCCAUCAAAGAUAGGAAGGUAAAGGUUUAUUUCAUUGUAAUGUAAUGGGUUUUUGUAAAGGACCAUGUUAGGGUCAUUUCACCUCUCACCUCGUCUUUUAUCGCACCUUCUCACCGACAUACACUGACACACAUCUGUUACUGUUUAUUGUCUAUGAGAAAGUUGGAGUGAAAAGGUGAAGCGAGAGUUGGGAACUUUGGCAUGGUCCUUAUUGUAAAUGUGGCGUGAAUAUUUCGCUCAAAAAUUGUAUUUGUAAUACAUUUUGUACUAUCCAUUACCCUAAAAUUGCGGAAACAGUACAAGGCUAAUGAAAUAUCCUUCUUUAA